GCAUGCCUGCAUUUCUCUCUGCGGCAUUUAAGCUGCCUCACGCCGCCCUCGAAGCAAGCGUCCCCAAUCUUCUUUGAAUUGCACGGACUAAGCAUUCCCGAUGGGUGGCUGAAGAAGAAUAACUCUGGACAGCGACUCUUGUCAAAGCCCACCGCUGCAGGUUUCUUUUAGGCCUGAAAUAAUGGACUGGUAGUCCCCAAACUAUGCUUGCUGCCUUAGAAACUAAACUCUGAAGAGUGAAGGAUGGAUCUAAGUAAUGACAGCCUACUUGACAGCAAUAUUCCUGCUUUCCUGUGCGAGCUUGGCUUGGAAAAUUACACCAUUUUCUGCCCGAAUCACUCUCAGCCUAAAGACCAAGCAAUUCGGAUUCUUCUCUAUUCUCUGAUAUUUCUGCUCAGUGUCUUGGGCAACACGCUGGUGAUCGUGGUGCUGAUCCGGAACAAGAGGAUGAGAACGGUGACCAACAUAUUCCUGCUGUCGUUGGCCAUCAGCGAUCUCAUGCUGUGCUUCUUCUGCAUGCCCUUCACGCUCAUUCCCAACCUCCUGGAAGAUUUCAUUUUCGGCAUUGCUUUCUGCAAACUUACCAGCUACUUCAUGGGUGUCUCAGUCAGCGUUUCGACCUUCAGCCUGGUUGCAAUAUCCCUGGAGAGAUAUGGCGCUAUUUGCAAGCCAUUGCAGUCUCGGGUUUGGCAGACAAAAUCUCACGCUUUGAAGGUGAUCGCUGCAACCUGGGGCCUGUCCUUUGCCAUCAUGACGCCGUAUCCGAUUUACAGCAAGCUGAGACCGUUUGAAAGAAUCGACAACAGCACAGCGAACAUGUGUCGCCUGGGCUGGCCAAGCCCAGCAGUAGAGCAAUCUUGGUACAUCUUCCAGCUCCUCAUCCUUUUCCUUAUCCCAGGGAUCAUAAUGAUCAUUGCGUAUGGCUUAAUCUCUUUGGAGCUCUACCAAGGGAUCAAAUUUGAUGUCAGUCAGAGGAAGUAUUCACGAGAAAGGAAAACCAGCACCAGCAGCAAAUUCGAAGAUAGCGAUGGGUGCUAUCUGCAGAAAAGCAAGAAGAAGAAAAAGAUGCCCCUUCAACAGUUUCCGUCCAAUAGGAGCAUCUCCAAAAUUGACCGGCCUCGAAGCAAUUGCUCCACCGCUAACUUGAUGGCCAAGAAGCUGGUCAUCCGAAUGCUGAUAGUGAUAGUGAUCUUGUUUUUCGUUUGCUGGACGCCGGUGUUCAGCGUCAACUCUUGGCGUGCGUUCGACAGGAUGUCGGCACAACUGCUGCUCACGGGAGCCCCCAUCUCCUUCAUACAUUUGCUCUCUUACACCUCCGCUUGUGUGAAUCCCAUUAUCUACUGCUUCAUGAACAAACGCUUCCGCAUGGGUUUUCUGGCGACGUUUACCUGCUGCGCCAAGCAAAAGCUUCCAGUGGCCAGAGCAGAGAUGGCGGAGGAGGAGGAGGAAGGCAGAACCACAGGCGCAACGCUUUCCAGGUAUUCUUACACCCACAUGAAUGCAUCUGCUCCUCCCUGAACAUGCCCAAGGCGGGGAAUCGGUCAUUUUAUCUCCUUCUGUGGUCUUGACUUGUGUUUAAACCAUCUGCCAUGCCUUUGUAUGAACAUGCUUCAGUAAAGUGUAGGAGGAAAAUAAUUUGCGAAAGGUCUCCCAUCAGUCGGCAACACUUUUCGGCUUUGGGUCUCAAAAAUAGAUAGAAGUUACCUCAGGUAGAAAAGGUCAGUGAUGAUAGCCCAUGGGGCACAUUGGAGAGGCUGGGAAACUGUCAUGGGCACCACCAUAAAACAACUCUCAGGCGAAAAAGAAUGGCUGUCAGAGGGGACCUGCCUUGUCAGAAAUGAUUGAUAAAAUUCCCAAGAAACAGAGGACAAGACAGAGGUUGGGUUUGAGGCCAAACACUAAACCACCUAUUUGCCCCCACCAAGCACAAGAGAUUGCAUUUCAGAGAUGGAAAAUGGGUGCUGUGUGGCGAAACGUCCACCCACAAAAGGAAAAAAAUAAAGGGUGGCAAAUGUCACCCAUCCCCAAAAGCAACAGACUUUGCCAAUAGGCUUUGACAUCACAUUUUUACUCCAGGCACUUCCACAAAGAAUCACCGUUAUUUUAUCUGUGACAAUUUCACACAAUAGCUAGAGGUACGCAUCAGAUCUGGAAGAAUCCCAAACCAACUAAAUGAAGCCUUGAUCUGAUCUAGCAGAGUGCUUAUUAUGUUCCUAAUUAGUGGGAAUAACCAUAAAACAAAGCAAUCAGCAAUCAGCAAUCCCUUGCUCUGUCAAUGUUUUGAACUGCAGCUAUUAGAGGGUUGCCCUGACCUCAAGAUUUGGUUCAGACGCCAAUCCGUUACUUCAGAAAGCAACUUGAUAUGGAUCAAAUCCCAAUUUAGA